AUGACCACGCAGGGAACCCUGGACAAGGCCACCCAAGCAUUCGUCCAGAAAUUACACACCGCUUGGGCUCAGCAAGCACCACCCUCAGCCUACGUCAAGCUUCGCGAUAGUCUACUAUCACAGCGCGACCAGGUUGAUACUCGCAUCGUUACUCUGUGCUCCGUGGUCAAGCUUGCCUUCCCAGCGGGCCUCGAGUGCAACGUCAAAUGGCGGGAACUGCUUUCUGUCGCCACGGAAAUCGAGGAGAAGAAAGGCAAACGAAGCAAUGAAACGAACCGACUGCGAUCCCUCGCGUUCGUGGCGACUCUCUGGUCCCCUGAGGUCGUCUUACACUAUGGCUGGGACAAAGUCGGUCAGACGCAGAUGAGCGCAAUUCGCGUCUGUGCCACACGUUAUCCUCGCUUCAAGGAGGACUUGUGUCCGCGCCUGAACUGCGUUCUCCUACAGCGGCACUGCGAGGCCAUUACCAAGGGUCGGCUGAGGACUCUUGAUCAAGCUACUCUGCAGCUGCGCGAUCUCAGCGCUCAACUACUAGCAGCAACAAACCCGGACGACAAUGCUCUUCACCAAUGGGUGACGAACAUGGACGGCAGUGUCACCGUGGACGACAACGGCACCCUUUUGAACGAAAUCAGGCCAGACCAUUAUCACAUGUACUUGUUACAGACAGAUCGAUAUGGUCUUCUGACCGCGCGAGCAAACACCUCCAAAUCGGCGGUCCGCCAACAUGCUUCUCUUCCCGACGACUGCACUCCGAUCACCCGGACAGACCAGGACUUGAGCGGCAUGCUUGAUCGAGUGCAGCAAAGCAGCUCGAUAAGCCGCCGCUCGUCCAGCGACGCCAUGCCCGGUUGCUCAAGUACAAGCACUCCCGGCGGUCCUACCGCCGAUGAUACGCCGUUCCCGACCGUCGAUCACUUUCACGAGUCGUUCUUUGGGUGCGAUAUGGACUCCCCAUCUAAUUCGGCUUCGCCACACGACAGUCACUCGCCCACCGACAACACCGGCUCCGCCGAGCCUACCAAUAGCAGUCCUGCAAGCUCAGCUUUGCCGACCUCCACUAAAUACUCCGCGCUGCUUGACAAUGGAGCCGGGAUUGAGCGAGAGCCUGGAACCAUCUCUCCAAACUGCAGCCAAGACAUGGCGAGGCAUUUAAGAAACCCACGGACGGACUGCAUUGAUACAGGACAGGAAGAUUUCAGCGACGUGGCCAUGGGCAACGCGGAAAUUGUGCACGACCGGUCCAAUUCCGAUGAUACUCCUACCCAACCUCUGCACCCCAUGCAGACCCAGUCUCUGUUUUCUCAAACUGAGGACCAGGACAUGGCCAUGAUGGAGGACCUUCUGCACCAUCCUGAAACCACGGCAACGACGCUCUGCGAUAUUACCGAUGGACGACAGGAACUUUCGGGUGUGCUGGCUGAAUCGCCCGUACAAUUUUCUUCUUGGCUGAAGUCUGACGCUCGCCAUGCUAGCAUUUUCACUCAACUAGGAAGUGAGCUAUCUUACGGUCGAGCUCGAUCAGAAUACGAAGCUGAUGUGUUGCAUUUUACUUCGGAAGAAUUCAUCACAGCCGCCCAAGACGGCCGCAUUUUUCGCAAACCACUUGUGAUAAAGGAGCGAUUUUCUGAUUCCAACAUACACACUGCCGAGACGUUGGCCCUACAUUUACAGGAUAGAUCUCCCAGACUGCCGACCUUCCAUGCAAAAGAGUUCGACAAGGUACAAUCAGCACCGGUCAGCCUUGAAAAGAUCGCCGAAGGUUUGCGAACCGGAAAACAUUGGGACGAUGCGGCCGGACAAUCCUACAACGGUGCAGCCAUUCUCAGAUUUCGAAACAUUACCAAGUGCCAGCGACCACUUCUUGCUAUGCUGCCUCGGUUUCGUCUGCUCGACUGCCUCAUCGAAAGAGUGCAAGGAUCCGUGCUUCCGGCGGAUCGCAGAAGUAAUGGCUCGGGACCGGCGAGCAUAGACGACUGCGUAAGCUUCAAUGUUUGUAGUCUCGGGGGCGCAUGUUCGGAUACAUGCCUUAAUAGCGUAAGCGGAACUUGGCUCCGAGUCCUCGAUGGUACUGCUAUUUGGAUGUUUGUUCCAGAGGAUGAAAUGACCAUGGAGUGGUCGACAUUGACGGACGGAAAUAACUGGAUGCCCGACGGUAGGCAAAGGUUGGUGUUCCUUCAACAAGACGAUGUGCUUCUGCUUCCACCAGGGUUGAAAAUCGUGCAGGCGAUUUAUUCUUCGACGACCACUGUGUUGGAAGGUGGGCUAUUUUGGGACAAACUGAGCGUCAUUCAGACACUGCAGUGCAUCAGCUGGGAGCUCGAGAAUCUCCCAAGCACGCAGAGCCAGGACGUCAUGUCCGGCCAUCUCCCUCGAAUCGUUGAAGAACUCGUGGCCCUGGUGAAUGAGCAGCCGGAUCAUUUCCGUGUGUGA